CUUUUUUCACCCAUCCGUUAUUUCUCCUGUUUCUACAUUCCAUAUAAAUUUCUCCCAUCCCCACCUGCUACAUAGCACGCUUGUCUCAAGAUUCUAUCCAUCCGUCCACUACGAAUUGCCUUCAGGACAUCCAGUCACAAUGAGCUCUAGCCCAAGCAGCAAGAUAACUGAAGUUCAAGGCGAUCUCUUCGACGCACCAGACGGAGCGGCCUUGAUUCAUGCAUGUAACUGCCAAGGAAGCUGGGGGAAGGGGAUCGCUGAAGCGUUUAAGAAAAAGUAUCCUGCUGCUUUCAAGAUUUACAGAACUCACUGUCAAAAUUAUCUCAAGAACAAGCAAUUUCUGACGACCGAGACUGUGAACACCGGUGAAACACAACAGCAAAAGAACACUAGAAAAAUACAACUGCCAAUUGGCACAGCGCUCAUCAUCCCACCGCAGGAAGAAGACUACAAAGGAGACCACAGGAAAAAACGACACUGGAUCAUCUGUCUUUUCACGUCGAGAGGCUUUGGGCGCUCUGUCAGCCCGCCUGCCGUUAUUUUACAGAACACGGCACUCGCGGUUGCAGACACGAAAACCCAGUUAGAGAAAUUACGGUCUCAACCCGACAAUAAAGACCCCGCAAAUAUACCUCUGGGAGAGCUACGAUCAUGUCGAUUUAACUCGGGGCUGUUUGGAGUGGACUGGAAGUUGUCUAGGGAGGUGUUGGAAGAGGCGGGGUUGGAAGUGACGGUCGUGAGACCACAAGGGGAACCACUUGGUCUUUAAGUCUACUUGGACUAUAUUUUGGUAUCCUCAAGGACACUUGAUACAGAUAAUUGAGUGUUGUGACAUACUCCGUAAUUGUAGAAAAUGACGUCAAAUAUAAGCAGUAUCACAUGACGACGCGUUGUGAC